AUGAGGAGACUGCAGGAUGCACAACAGCAGCAACAGCAACAACAACAACAACAACAACAACAACAACAACAACAGCAACAACAGCAGCAGCAGCAGCAAAGCCAGCAACAGCAAUUUCCGCAAAAUGGCGCUGUUCAACCACAAAUGCAACACAAUGGGAAUCCGACAGGCCUACCUGGUACCGACGCCAUGUCAAAUCCUAACAUGAAGAACAUGCUGCAAUCGCCAUCAACAUCGCUGCCAUCGAACAUUGGUGGACCUACACACCAAAGCCGACCAUCGCAAGGAGACAUCACUGCCGAAUCAGGAUUCAGCAAGGAACAGAUGGCCAAGUUACGAGCACAGCUGGCAGCGUAUGGCGCAUUGCAAAAGAACAACUCUAUUCCUCCUCACAUUGCGGAGCUGCUCUUCAGUCGUAACAACGAUGCGUCACUCGCUCUGGACAACGGGUCGAAAAGUCUAGCGACAGGAUCGCAACCAGAUGGAAAGUCUGAAAAUCCACGACAUCGAUUUGAGACCUUUACCGACCCCCACAACCUCUUGGUGAAAUACAUCAGCUAUGCCGACCAUGCCCACCGACCCUACCGGCCAAUUAUCCCAAGCAUCAUGCCUCACGGUUUCGACCCAGAACAAGCCCGCGCGGAACGCGAAGCCAUCAUUUACAACCGAGUCAUUUCCCGAAAGGAGGAGCUGAGCAAGCUUUCCGCGAACAUUGGCGCCUGGGAUACGAAAAAGUCGGAUACGGCAGAAGACAACGCGAAUGCCAAGCUUCGUGCUCUGAUUGAGUACAAGAUGUUGUGUCUGCUGCCCAAGCAGCGCGAAAUGCGGGUCAAAGUCGGCAAGGAGAUGAUGCUCUCUGAUACUCUAUCGAUGACCGCCAACCGGACCAUGUACCGACGUGUCAAGAGACAGUCCCUUCGCGAAGCGCGCGUCACCGAGAAGCUCGAGAAGCAACAACGGGACGCCGCGGAGAGCAAGGAGAAGAAGAAGCACGUUGAAUACAUGCGCUCAAUUGUCUCCCACUCGGACGAAAUCCGUAACAGCGGUGUUCAGUCCCGACAGCGGGCACAGAAGCUGGGUCGUCUCAUGGUUCAGACUCACAGUAACAUCGAGAAGGAAGAGCAAAGGCGAAUCGAGCGCACUGCCAAACAGCGUCUGCAGGCCUUGAAGGCUAACGAUGAGGAGACAUAUCUCAAACUGCUUGGUCAAGCCAAGGAUUCGCGUAUCACCCACUUGCUUAAACAGACGGAUGGUUUCCUCAACCAACUGGCGGCAUCCGUCAAGGAGCAACAGCGUAGCAGCCAACACGCCCAAAUGCUCAUGGACGAUGAACCCGAACCGGAAGAGGAUGAGGUCGACAGUGAAGACGAGACGAAGCGCAAGGUCGACUACUACGAGGUAGCCCAUCGCAUCAAGGAGACGGUCACCAAGCAGGCCGACUGCCUCGUCGGAGGUACCCUCAAGGACUACCAAGUCAAGGGUCUACAGUGGAUGAUUUCGCUCUACAACAACAACCUCAACGGUAUUCUUGCAGAUGAAAUGGGUCUCGGAAAGACAAUUCAAACCAUUUCGCUCAUCACCUACCUCAUCGAGAAGAAGAAGCAACAAGGUCCUUACCUGGUGCUCGUGCCGUUGAGUACGCUGACCAACUGGAAUAACGAAUUCGAGCGCUGGGCUCCAAGCAUCGUGCGCAUCGUCUACAAGGGACCUCCAAAUCAGCGGAAGGUUCACGCACAGCAGAUUCGUUAUGGCCAAUUCCAAGUCCUUCUCACCACUUAUGAAUUCGUCAUCAAGGAUCGACCACUCCUCAGCAAGGUCAAAUGGUUGCACAUGAUUGUCGACGAAGGUCAUCGUAUGAAGAACGCGCAAUCCAAAUUGAGCAGCACCAUCACUCAAUAUUACCACACCCGUUUCCGACUCAUUCUCACCGGUACCCCGUUGCAGAACAAUUUGACGGAAUUGUGGGCCAUGUUGAAUUUCGUGCUGCCCAACAUCUUCAAAUCUGUCAAAUCGUUCGAUGAAUGGUUCAACACACCGUUCGCCAACACCGGAGGCCAAGACAAGAUGGAGUUGACGGAAGAAGAACAGCUGCUCGUCAUCAAGCGUCUGCACAAAGUCCUCCGACCUUUCCUCCUGCGUCGUCUCAAGAAAGAUGUCGAGAAGGAUCUGCCUGAUAAGCAAGAACGCGUCAUCAAAUGUCCUCGCUCUGCUCUACAGGCUCGACUCUACAAGCAGCUCGUACAGCACAACCGUAUCAACGUCCUCGACUCCUCUGGAAAGAAGACUGGCAUGCGUGGUUUGAGCAAUAUGCUCAUGCAACUUCGAAAGCUGUGUAAUCACCCUUUCGUCUUUGAGGAAGUCGAAGAUCAGAUGAACCCUCACCGUCUCACAAACGAUCUCAUCUGGCGUACCUCGGGUAAAUUCGAACUGCUCGAUCGUGUUCUACCGAAAUUCAAGGCCACCAACCAUCGUGUGCUCAUGUUCUUCCAGAUGACACAGAUCAUGAACAUCAUGGAAGACUUUUUGCGGUUCCGUGGCAUUAAGUAUUUGCGGUUGGACGGUUCGACCAAAGCUGACGAUCGUUCUGAAUUGCUGCGGCUGUACAACGCGCCGGACUCGGAAUACUUCUGUUUCCUUCUCUCCACCCGUGCUGGUGGUCUUGGUCUGAACUUACAAACCGCCGAUACUGUUAUCAUCUACGACUCCGAUUGGAAUCCUCACCAGGAUUUGCAGGCGCAGGAUCGUGCGCAUCGUAUCGGACAGAAGAACGAAGUGCGUAUCCUCCGUUUGAUCACGAGCAACAGUGUCGAAGAGAAGAUUCUUGAGCGAGCUCAAUACAAGUUGGACAUGGACGGCAAGGUCAUCCAGGCCGGUAAAUUCGACAACAAAUCCACCAAUGAGGAGCGUGACGAGAUGUUGCGAGUCAUGUUGGAAGUGGCGGAGUCCUCUGGCGAGGCCCACCAAGAAGAGGAAGAAAUGGACGAUGAUGAACUCAAUAUGAUUAUGAGCCGUAACGAAGAUGAGCUCGUGCUCUUCCAGAAGAUGGAUCAGGACCGUCUCAAGAAUGAUGUCUAUGGUCCUGAUAAGACUUAUCAGCGUCUGCUGGGCGACAGCGAGUUGCCCGAACUCUAUCUCAACGAGGAUGGCCCUACGGUCGAAGAGGUCGAAGAGGUCGUCGGUCGUGGUGCGCGAGAACGCACUAAAGUCAAAUACGACGACGGCCUCACCGAAGAACAAUGGCUUGACGCCGUCGAUGCCGACGAUGACACGAUCGAAGACGCCAUCGCCCGCAAACAAGCCCGAAUCGCCCGCCGCAACGCCAAGAAGGAAGGUCGUCUCCUCGCCGGCGGUGACUCCCCGGCCGUCGACGACGACAGCGACGAAGCCUCCGAGGAGGAAGAAGUCGUCCCGCAACCCAAGAAGCGCGGCCGGAAGUCCGCCGUCGCCGCAACCCCGAAAGCCGAAAAGCGCAAACACGACGACCUCGACUCCCCCGCCGAACCCACCUCCCAGCCCCCCAAGAAACGCGGCCGCGUCGGCAAAGCCGCCGACCCGCUCUCCAAGGAAGACCGCGAGAGCCUCCAGCUCAUCCUGGACACCGUGCACGACUCCCUGCAGGACCUCGAGGAGGCCUCCACGGACCCCGGCGUGCCCGCGCGCGGCAUCAUCGACCCCUUCCUGGACCUGCCCCCCAAGCAGUACUAUCCCGAUUACUACGAUCUAAUCAAGUCCCCGAUCUGCAUGAAGCAGAUCGAGAACAAAAUCAACCGGAAGCAGUACCACAACCUGAAGCAGUUCCGCGCGGAUAUCGGUCUGCUGUGUAAGAACUGUCGGCAGUACAAUGAGGAUGGCAGCGUCCUGUAUCAGGACGCGAAUCUGAUCGAGUCCGCAUGCCUCGAAAAACUCCAAAAAGAAACCUCCAAAUUCCCCCGAUGGCAGAACUUCGACGAGCCCGAAUCCCUCGCCGACAACAGCAGCCUCUCCGCCGCCCCGACCACCAAGAACAACAGCGCCGCCGCCACUCCGCAACCUCCCGCCCGCUCGGGCUUCAAACUGAAGUUGGGUGGCCCAAAGACUCCCGCUACCACCAGUGCGGCGGGAACGCCGAGCGCGACCGCGGCGAAGGGAGCAUCGGCCGCGGGCAGCGACGAGGACUAG